AUGAAGUUCAGCCCUCUUUUGUUCUCGCCAGGACAGGCGUGGUACUGCAUCGUAAUAUCAGUCUUUGCUGUCGUCAUUCUCGGCGUAAUUUCUCACCUGUUCCGAACGGGCCAUGAAUCCGUGGUUGGGGGCAUCAACGACCCUCCUUCCGAAGCGAUACCAGCCAUUGUCUCGACAAUCACUGCUGCCAUAUUCGUUUACCUCGUAUGUUUCCACCGCAACAUAUGCCUGCCGCAAUUACGGCGACCGCCCUUGGCCUCCCUGGACAAACCGUCGAGUCCGCUGACGUGCGAUGUGCUUUAG